AUAAUGAAUGCUCUCCCAAAGCUUAAAGUUGUCAUGUGAAUAAGGCAACAUUCAUUCAUCGGCCCUUUCGCUCUCACCUCCUCUCCUCUUCUCCUCCUCUUCUCCUCACGGUAGAAGUGAAAGGGGGAAAAAAACAAAAACAAAAACAAUAUAAUACCAGAUAUAUUUAUAUAUAUAUUAUAUAAGCUUUUCCCUUCUGUGGUUCUCUUCUUUCUUGGGUUCUUGGGUCCUGGUCUUGCCUGCCUUCUUCCUCCUCCUCCACCCCUUCUAACCUGUUUAUGGUCCUGAGGGGAGCUCGGGUUUAAUUGGAUUCUAGAUCUGGGUCUCCCUGCGAUGAAGCUCUGUGGGGGGUUGGUGCUGUCCGUCUUCUUGCUCGGCCUUCUGGGCACCGUGGCCCAUGCCUCCUCGCCUUCGGUUCUGACGGAAUGGACCGGUAUCAAGCCUAGACAUAUGCGUCUCUUCAGGAGCGCAUUGCAACGACAAACUUCGGAUGAAGAGCAAUCUUAUCUUUGGAACCCUUUGCCCAACCAAAAAUGGGGAAAAUGCAUGCGUUCUUCUAGUACUUCCUCUUUGCCCGAGAAAUCUGAAGGAUACCUUCAAGUCUUCCUCGAUGGAGGUCUGAAUCAACAAAGAAUGGGGAUAUGCGAUGCAGUGGCCGUGGCAAAAAUACUGAAUGCCACUCUUGUGAUCCCGCAUCUCGAAGUGAAUCCGGUUUGGCAAGAUUCUAGUUCUUUUGAAGACAUCUUUGAUGUGGAACACUUCAUAAAUGUUCUGAAGGAUGAUAUCUCAAUAGUGAGAGAACUUCCUGAUGAGUUCUCGUGGAGCACUAGAGAGUAUUAUGCUGCAGCCAUUCGACCCACUCGAAUUAAGACCGCGCCAGUUCAUGCUUCUGCCAACUGGUACCAGGACAAUGUCUUGCCUGUUCUCCGAAGCCACGGAAUUGCAGCUAUUGCUCCUUUCUCUCACCGCCUGACCUUUGAUAACCUGCCAAUGGAAAUGCAAAAACUGCGAUGCAAAGUCAACUUCCAAGCCCUUACUUUUGUUCCUCACAUUAGAGCUCUGGGAGAGGCUCUUGUCAAUCGCUUGCGUUAUAAUUCUGGCGACAGUGAAACUGCCGAAACCAACUAUAUUCGUAGGGUCACUGAUUCAAGUAAUGGGCAGCCUGGGAAGUUUGUUGUGCUACAUCUUCGUUUUGACAAGGAUAUGGCUGCUCACUCGGCAUGCGAUUUUGGUGGGGGCAAAGUUGAGAAACUGGCUCUAGCUAAGUAUCGACAAAUGAUUUGGCAAGGAAGAGUCCUCAAUUCCCAAUUCACGGAUGAGGAAUUGAGGAGCCAGGGGCGAUGCCCGUUGACCCCCGAGGAGAUCGGUCUGCUGCUAGCUGCUAUGGGCUUUGACAAGAAUACUCAUCUAUACCUUGCCUCCCACAAGGUAUAUGGUGGGGAAGCAAGGAUUUCUGCCUUGAGGAAGCUGUUUCCGCUGAUGGAAGACAAGAAGAGUCUCUCUUCAUUCGAAGAACUCUCCGAGAUCAGAGGGAAGGCUUCUCUACUCGCUGCAGUUGAUUAUUAUGUGAGCAUGCAGAGUGAUAUCUUUGUCUCCGCUUCACCCGGAAAUAUGCACAAUGCACUGGUGGGCCACAGAACCUACGAGAAUAUGAAGACCAUAAGACCCAACAUGCCACUCUUAGGCCAACUCUUCCUCAACAAGACCAUAGACUGGUCCGAUUUCCGAGAAGCUGUGAUCGAGGGGCACAAGGACCGGCAGGGCCAGAUGAGGCUGAGAAAGCCAAAGAAGUCCAUCUACACAUAUCCUGCCACCGAUUGCAUGUGCGGUGCGUAACCUGAUUUAGGUUUCUACUCCAACACCUACCAUUGUCAUUACUCAUUAGGGCUAUUAUUGUUCGUGGGCUUUUGUACAAUGUGGCCAAUAAAAGGAAGAACUCAGUUUCUUCCCUUCUACGUCGAGCUAUUACUAGUAGAGGUCGUGAUAUUAUAUAUAGUACAGAAAAGAACGUGGGUGGGAUGGAUUGGAUAGGUGUGAGAUGAGGGGAUGGGAGGGAGUGAAACAUAGGGUUUGGUUUGAUUCGAUAUUUCGACUUUCGCAUGUAUUGACAGUAUAUUGUGAUGACA